AAUGGCCUCUUUGUAUCUCAUGAACCUCGCUAUUGCUAAAAAUCCGUGCAAGACAGAAGUUAGCGUACCUGGAAUGGCUCUCAAAGGAUUCGUCUUUAAAAAGGUCCCAGUAUCAGCUCCUCAUGUGUGCGAUAUCACCUGCGAGAGGGAAACGAUAUGUCAAAGCUACAACUAUGUAAUUGGCGAAAAGUCCUGUGAAUUGAACUCCCGAACCAAGGAAGCAAGGCCCGAGAAUUUCCAGCCAGAUGAUUUUCGCUUUUACAUGGGACGCAUUAGUGGUAGAACCCCCUUAGGGUCUAUUCCCGAACUAACAGCGUUAUCGUGCCAAGAAAUAAAAUUAAGUGAAGGUAAAGACAGCAUCAGUAAAAAGUAUUGGUUGGAUCCAGCUAAUGUCGGGAGUUCAGAGUUGGUUUACUGCGACAUGAUUUUGGAAGACAUCGAUGAAUGCAAAGGCAGCAAUAACGUUAAUUGUGACGAAAAUGCAAACUGCUCCAAUACUGUUGGGUCUUAUAAUUGCACCUGCAAAGACGGAUUUACUGGGGAUGGUCACUCGUGCUCAGUCGAUCCUUGCUAUCAUUACUCAAACCUGAGUGAAGCCAAUCGAAACAAAGAUUACAGAACUCCGCAAUUUGGACCAGUGUUCUGUGACGACCAACUCUUUGAGGAGUGGUAUCGUUUUGUGGGAGAUGCUGGAACAAAAAUGCCAACAACGCGUGUGUCAGCACUCAGAUGUGGUACAGACUGGUCAGGCUGGUUGAACGGUGCUCAUCCUACACUGGAAGAUGGCGAAGUUUACAGAUAUGUCUGCUUUAGUGAUCACUCUGCUGGUUGUAAAUCCUCAAAAACUAUUUUAGUAAAAAACUGUGGAUCCUACUUCAUCUACAGGCUUUACCCACCUAGUUGUAACUCACGCUACUGUGGUACAGACUGAAUGUGAAGCAAAUAUACUUCGCGUAGUAAGAAGACUC